GUAUUUCAGUGGUGUGCCUUGCAUGUGGGAGGGUAGCUUAGCAGAUAAUGCUGGCGAGAGGUGGUUGCCUCUCUAUUUUCGUUUGCAGCGACAGCAGCUGCCUUCCCGCCCAUUCCCGGAACCCAGAGAGGGAACUGCUAUCGUGGGCCGCUGUGUCUUUGGAGGGGAGCCAAGAGAGCGUGGCAGCUGUCUUUCACAUUGCUCUGGUGUAGAGUUUAAGAGCAGAAGGGUGGAGGAGUCUUCCAUGGCAUCUAGGAUUGCCAACCUCCAGAUGGGGCCUGGAGAUCUCCCAGAAUUAUACGUGAUCUCCAGACCAUAGAAGAUACUUCCCCUGGAGGAAAUGGCAGCUGCAGAGAUUGGACUGUAUGGCAUUAUGCCUUACUGAGGUCCCUCCCCUUUCCAAAUCCUGUUCUCUAUAUGCUGCAUCCCCAAACCUCUCAACCCGGAGUUGGCAUAGAUGCCUGCAGCCAGCGUCUCCUUGUCCCGAAGACAAGAUGAACAAGACAGUCGGGUUUCAAAAGGACCCAGACAAGCCAUCCGCCUGAAGUAGUAAUUUUGUAGACUUAGCAGAGAGAGGGGCGUGAUCCUGCAAAAUGAAAGAGAGAGCCAACCAUUGACGCAGGGGGAGGACCGUGGGGGGCAGACCCUCUGUUUCCAGGCAACGUAGACAUCAGUCUCUUCAAAGGAGCGCAUGGGAUUGGCUGAAUAAAACAUGGUUGUGUGUCGGUGGCUUGUAGUCCAGAUGGGGAAAGAGGAAGGAGGCGGGGCAGGAAGUUGAAAGUAGCAAGAGAAGCAGGUCGGCACCAUGGUGGACUCCCAGUAUAUCUUGCCCAAUGAUAUCGGCAUUGCAAACUUGGACUGUGCCGAAGCCUUCAAACUGCUGUCACCAGAAGAGCGGCUCUAUGCCCACUACCUGUCCCGGGCCUGCUGGUAUGGAGGGCUAGUGGUGUUGUUGCAGACCUCCCCAGAGGCACCUGCAAUCUACACCCUUAUCUCUCAGCUCUUCCGGGUCCAGGACCCGGCUCGGUUAGGAGAGCUGGCACGCUCCCUUGGUCUCUCUGAUGAGGAGUAUCAGGCAUUCUUGGUUUAUGCUGCUGGUGUUUACGCCAACAUGGGUAACUACAAAUCCUUUGGGGACACCAAAUUUGUGCCUAACCUCCCGAAGGAGAAGCUAAAAAAGUUGGUAUGGGAGAGCCAGGCCCUAAAGGAGCAUCCAAAAGAAAUGGAAGCACUGUGGGGCAGAUGUGGAGAUCUCAUGUUUUCCCUCGAACCCACGCAAAAACACUUGGGAAUCAGUGGUCAGGGUAUCUCCACGUACUUUUCAGCAAACUGCUCUGUGGAAGAUGCAAAGCUGGCCCAGGAAUUCCUUGACUCACAGAACAUCAGUGCUUACAAUACAAGGCUUUUCAAAACAAAGGCACAUGGCAAAAAAUGCUACGAGGUUCGGCUGGCCUCAGUACUUUCCAAUGAUUCUGAGCUUGAUGAUGAAAUGAGAGCAAAAAUGAAGUGCUUUGAGUUUGGAGGCUGUGACUUCACAGUGACACGAGGCGAUUAUGGCCCUCUUCUGGAAAAAGUUGUGGAGAACUUGCAGAAGGCCUUGCCUCACGCAGCAAACCCCACACAGGGCGAGAUGCUGACCCACUACAUCACCAGUUUCACCCAAGGCUCCAUUUCAGCUCACAAGAAGGGUUCCCGCUGCUGGAUCCGGGACAAGGGGCCCAUUGUGGAGAGCUACAUCGGUUUCAUUGAAAGCUACCGAGAUCCAUAUGGCUCAAGAGGGGAGUUCGAAGGAUUUGUGGCGGUUGUGAACAAAGCCAUGAGUGCAAAAUUUGCUCUUCUGGUGGCGUCUGCAGAGCGUCUGUUGGAGGAGCUGCCUUGGCCUCGUGCUUUUGAGAAAGAUGCAUUCCUCAAGCCUGAUUUCACUUCGCUGGAUGUCCUGACCUUCGCUGGAAGUGGGAUUCCUGCAGGCAUUAACAUCCCAAACUAUGAUGAUAUCCGCCAGACAGAUGGGUUCAAGAACGUCUCCUUGGGGAACGUGCUGGCUGUGGCUUAUUCCACACAGAAGGAGAAGCUGACUUUCCUUGCAGAGGAGGACAAGGAUCUCUACAUCAAGUGGAAGGGGCCCUCCUUUGAGGUGCAGGUUGGACUUCAUGAACUCCUAGGCCAUGGCAGUGGGAAGCUUUUUGUCCAGGACGACUCGGGUGCGUUCAACUUUGACCGGGAUGCAGUGAUCAACCCAGAGACAGGGGAACUGGUUCGGAGUUGGUACCGGGGUGGCGAGACUUGGGAUAGCAAGUUUUCAAGUGUGGCAUCCACUUACGAGGAAUGCCGGGCUGAGUGUGUGGGGCUGUACCUCUGCCUGAACAAGGAGGUGUUGAGGAUCUUUGAUCUUCAAGGAGAAGAUGCAGAGGAUGUGAUCUAUAUUAACUGGCUGAACAUGGUGCGUGCCGGGCUGCUGGCACUGGAGUUCUACACGCCGGAAUCUGGAACGUGGCGCCAGGCUCACAUGCAAGCUCGCUUUGUCAUCCUGAGGGUUCUCCUGGAGGCUGGUGGAGGGCUGGUGUCCCUCCAUCGCACCACAGGGGCAGAUGGCAAGCCGGAUGCGAUUGUCUCCCUGGAUCGCAGCAAGAUCACCACGGUGGGGAAGCCCGCUCUUGAGAGUUUCCUGCGCAAGCUACAGGUGCUGAAGUCCACGGCAGAUGUGGUAGGGGGGCGUGCGCUCUAUGAGGCAUACUCUGCGGUGACGGAUGAAGAGCCGGAACGCUUCCUCACCCUGCGCCACACUGUGCUCCUGCGCAAAGAAGCUCGCAAGCUGUUUGUACAAGCAAACACCCGCCUGGAAGGCGAGGAUGUGAUCCUGGUGCAAUAUGACAGCAACGCAGCUGGGUUGAUCAAAUCCUUCUGUGACCGCUUCCCUGAAGACGCUGAAUUCUUGGAACAGCAGCUUUUGAAGCUGGCACAGGCUGAUGCCCACUUCUGGGCAAGCUGAGACGCUGAGUAGUGCAGGCCCUGGCCUCCCUUGGCCCCCUGACCCUCUGUGGACUCCCCCUUGACCUGCCACCCAGGCAUGGCAAGAGUUCCUCUACCCUCUCCUGCCAAACACACGGUACAAUGCUAGUGAAUGGCCUGGCCCUUCUUAGUACAAGACACCCACCAUCCACUGACGGAAAUGCCCGGAUGCACUUGUAAUCCAAUAAAGCUUGCUUUUUAAAAAAUG